AUGGGCUGUCUGGGAGGGAAGACGGAGGAAGAACGACUGGAUGAAAAAGCGAAGAGAGAAGCAAACAAGAAGAUUGAGAGACAGCUGCAGAAAGAGAGACAGGCUUAUAAAGCUACACACAGACUGUUACUGCUGGGUGCAGGAGAAUCAGGUAAAAGCACCAUAGUGAAGCAGAUGAGGAUUCUUCAUGUUGACGGCUUCAACGCUGAUCAAGAGAAGCAGCAGAAGAUUCAGGACAUCAGGAAAAACGUGAAGGACGCCAUCGUGACCAUCGUGUCAGCCAUGAGUGUGUUGACUCCACCCGUCCCUCUUGGUAACCCUGGCAACCAGUUCAGAGUCGACUACAUCAAGAGCAUUGCGCCACUGUCUGACUUUGAAUACACAGAGGAGUUCUUUGAGCAUGCUCAGAAGCUGUGGGAGGACGAUGGCGUGAAGGCGUGUUUCGAACGCUCCAAUGAAUAUCAGCUGAUCGACUGCGCUAAGUACUUUCUGGACAGGUUGGACUCGGUCAGGAAGACGGACUACACACCUACUGACCAGGAUUUGUUGCGUUGCAGAGUUUUAACUUCAGGAAUUUUUGAAACCAGGUUUCAGGUGGAUAAAGUCAACUUCCAUAUGUUUGAUGUGGGAGGACAGAGGGACGAACGCAGGAAGUGGAUUCAGUGCUUCAAUGAUGUGACGGCCAUCAUCUUUGUAGCAGCCAGCAGCAGCUACAACAUGGUGAUCAGAGAGGACAACUCCACCAAUCGGCUGCGAGAAUCUCUGGACCUCUUCAGAUCCAUCUGGACCAACAGGUUUCUAAAGACCAUCUCAGUGAUCUUGUUCCUGAACAAACAGGAUGUGUUGGCUGACAAGAUUCUGGCUGGAAAAUCUAAACUGGAGGAUUAUUUCCCUGAAUACAGCAACUACCAAGUACCUGUUGAUGCUGUUCCAGAUGCUGAUGAAGACCCCAGAGUGACUCGAGCCAAGUUCUUCAUCAGAGAUGAGUUUCUGAGAAUCAGCACGGCGAGCGGCGAUGGGAAACAUUACUGUUACCCUCACUUCACCUGUGCCGUCGACACAGAGAACAUCCGCCGUGUCUUCAACGACUGUCGUGACAUCAUCCAGCGGAUGCACCUGAGGCAGUACGAGCUGCUCUGAUUGGCCGCUGGGUGCUCACCUGCCCAAAGCUAAUCUGAUAUCUAAUCAAUGAUAGCUGAUCAAUUCUGAUAGAUCCUGAUAUAUUUAUACCUUUUCUGAUCCGUUGUAUCACAGACAUUUAUCACACAGCUGUUAUCAGCUCCACUGGGCUGAUUAUUGGUUAUUGAUUAAGACAGACUGAAAGUAUCUGUACCUUUCUUUUCUUUAUGUGCCUCUGCCUGAUGCAGGGGAUUGUGGGUAGUGUAGUUCUGAUGUUUAAAGGGAGCUCAGGAUAUGGUUUACCUGUCCGUUGCCACAGCAACAGUCUGACAGGUGGGAGGAGGCAGAGUUUUGGAAAUUAGAUUCUAGAAAACUUUAAAAAAGAAAGAAUUUGAAUAUAUUUUUUCAUGUUUCUGAAGAGUGAAUCAUCCUGUUCUCUGAUUGGCUGGUGUUUCUGUUUGAGAGAUCAGACGAGAUGUUGAUGGUUUAUUUUCUGUCCUUUCUGGAGUUUAACAGCGAGAUUUGAUCAAACAAGAUUUUUUAAGAUUUCCUCAGAAACAUUUAUAGAAACUGAAG